CGUCUGCCGGGGUGGAACAAACCAGGCUGCUUAGAGAGCACUGAGAACCCCAAGGGUCCCUCACAGCCCUUAGCAGCCAACAUGACAUGACUGCUCUCGGGUCCCGCGCGCUCCCUGCUCUCUCCAGACACCCCCACCCUUUCCGGGUGCGCGCGCAAGAGUGGGCCAGCUUCCCCUAGCUGUGCGCUCCGCAGCCUGCGGGUGGCAGCGGCGUUGGCGACUGGCUCUCGGGGAAGAGGGUGACCAAGGGACCGCGAAGGAGGAGUCGGCGCCGCAGCCGCUCCCCUCGUAACCGCGCCCCGCCUUCCGUCGCCACCUGAGCAUCCCCUCUUGGCUCCCAGCUGCUCCGGUCUAUCCCACCAUUCCCUCUGGGGGACCGUGUGUACUCUUAGUGCCGCAGCCGCGGUGUCAUUGCAUCCGGUGAUCGGGACACUCGGAUCUUGGUUCCCUUGGGGGCUUGGGACGAGCUGCACGGGCCGUGGUGACAGGCUGCGGGGGCGCCAGCGCGCAUCCCUCCCCCGCGACAUUUAGAAAGGCGUGUAGACAACUGGUGUGACUUUGGAGGUCCGACUCCUCCUUCCGGCCAGCCUCGCAACGCGCCACCUCCUGAGACAAGCCAGUGUGUCCGGCAGGCCCGGGAGGCUCGUGUAGGGACUUGGAACGUGUCCGGGAACCCGUGGCGCUGUGCGCACUGGUGAGUUUUGCGGGCGGGGUGGGGGCGGAGAGGACGUCGCGCUGGGUCCCUGCUCCCGCCCCUUUUCUGCUGUUUCCCCCCACCCCCUCCACUUUGAGAGAGUCAUUGAGAUUUGAGCGUGACUGCGGAGCCUGGAGGAUGCAGGCACGGGGCGCGGGGUUUUCCUCUUCCCGGAGUGAUGGAGAGAGCCGGUGAGCUGAACAAAGACACCCGCCCUGAGGAGCGGGUCCUUUGCUGAAGAACUCUAUUUUCGCCCUGCGACGGCCGCCUGCGGGCGAGAGUGUCGGCCGCGCAACUCCAGGAGUGGCGCGCUCUUCCGCCGGCGGGCGCAGAGCUGGAGCCGGGCACCUGCGCGCCACUCCCGCCACAUCUCGAGAGCAUUCCGACUACCACAGGAUUGUUCCCGAAGGUCCACAUCUGCGGAGGAGGUCCAAAGUCUAAAGGCAACCUGUUUGCUGUUCAACAGGGAGAGACCCUGGGACCUUUAUCUUUUGCUGUCUCGUAGAAGGGACUGCGUGCUGUGGACGGAGCAGGCGUUUCAGCGACACUUUUGCAAGCAAGGGGCUUCCAUGUGAGUGAUCACGGGUCCCCCCAACAGCCGCGUCCUUCCAGUGGUCUCUGUCGCCGGAGUAUCGGCGUUUUGUGGUCAACAGCAGCUGGGACCCCCAGCCCUUUGCCCCCUCCCCCUGCCAUUGUUCUGUGUGUGGGGUCUACUCCGUCUCAGGCUGCCCUGCGCCUCGCAGGUGAGGCUGGUAGAGGCGUGGGUCCAGGGAAAGGACCGGCCGUGUUGUUUGAUGGCUUCACUGAGGAGAGUCAAAGUGUUGUUGGUAUUGAACUUGAUAGCGGUGGCCGGCUUCGUGAUCUUUUUGGCUAAGUGUCGGCCUAUCGCGGUGCGCAGCGGAGACGCCUUCCACGAGAUCCGGCCUCGCGCAGAGGUGGCCAACCUCAGCGCGCACAGCGCCAGCCCCAUCCAGGAUGCGGUCCUGAAGCGCUUGUCGCUGCUGGAGGACAUCGUCUACCGGCAGCUUAAUGGCUUAUCUAAAUCCCUCGGGCUCAUCGAAGGGUAUGGUGGGAGGGGCAAAGGGGGCCUUCCUGCCACCCUUUCCCCCUCUGAAGAAGAAAAAGCCAAAGGACCUCAUGAGAAAUAUGGCUACAAUUCCUACCUCAGUGAAAAGAUCUCCUUGGACCGGUCUAUUCCAGAUUAUCGUCCUACCAAGUGUAAGGAGCUCAAAUAUUCCAAGGAGUUGCCCCAGAUAUCCAUCAUCUUCAUCUUCGUGAAUGAGGCCCUGUCUGUGAUACUGCGGUCAGUCCACAGCGCUGUCAAUCACACACCCACACACCUGCUGAAGGAGAUCAUCCUGGUGGAUGACAACAGUGAUGAAGAGGAGCUGAAGGCCCCCUUGGAAGAGUAUGUCCACAAACGCUACCCUGGGCUGGUGAAGGUGGUACGCAAUCAAAAGAGAGAAGGCUUGAUCCGAGCACGCAUCGAGGGCUGGAAAGCCGCCACUGGCCAGGUCACUGGCUUUUUCGAUGCUCACGUGGAAUUCACUGCUGGCUGGGCUGAGCCCGUUCUGUCCCGCAUCCAGGAAAACCGGAAGCGGGUCAUCCUCCCCUCCAUCGAUAACAUCAAGCAGGACAACUUCGAAGUGCAGCGCUACGAGAACUCUGCCCAUGGGUACAGCUGGGAGCUGUGGUGCAUGUACAUCAGCCCCCCGAAAGACUGGUGGGACGCCGGAGAUCCCUCUCUCCCCAUCAGGACACCAGCCAUGAUUGGCUGCUCAUUUGUGGUCAACAGGAAAUUCUUUGGUGAAAUUGGUCUGCUGGACCCUGGGAUGGAUGUGUAUGGAGGAGAGAAUAUUGAACUUGGAAUCAAGGUAUGGCUCUGUGGUGGCAGCAUGGAGGUCCUUCCGUGUUCAAGGGUGGCCCACAUUGAGCGGAAGAAGAAACCGUAUAACAGUAACAUCGGCUUCUACACCAAGAGGAAUGCGCUGCGGGUAGCCGAGGUCUGGAUGGACGACUACAAGUCACAUGUGUACAUAGCAUGGAAUCUGCCUCUGGAGAAUCCAGGCAUCGACAUCGGUGACGUCUCAGAAAGAAAAGCACUGAGGAAAAGUUUGAAAUGUAAGAAUUUCCAGUGGUAUUUGGACCAUGUUUACCCAGAAAUGAGAAGAUACAACAACACUAUCGCAUAUGGGGAGCUUCGUAAUAAUAAGGCCAAGGACGUCUGUCUGGACCAGGGUCCACUGGAAAACCACACAGCAAUACUGUACCCAUGCCACGGUUGGGGACCACAGCUCGCCCGCUACACCAAGGAAGGCUUCCUGCACUUGGGUGCUCUGGGGACCACCACUCUCCUUCCCGAUACCCGCUGCCUGGUGGACAACUCCAAGAGUCGGUUGCCGCAGCUCCUGGAUUGUGACAAGGUCAAGAGCAGCUUGUACAAGCGCUGGAACUUCAUCCAGAAUGGAGCCAUCAUGAAUAAGGGCACGGGGCGCUGCCUAGAGGUGGAGAACCGGGGUCUAGCCGGCAUCGACCUAAUCCUUCGAAGCUGUACAGGACAGAGAUGGGCAAUCAAGAAUCCUAUCAAGUAGAUGGAUGGAAGGAGGGCACAUGGAGCCCAGACCCAGGGCAGGGCCUGGCCAUCCUCAGAAGCAGCCACAUGGUGGAGGGACAGCAGGCACUGGAGGAUGCUCUGUGGACCUCUCAGGGCUCCUCCAGAGCAGCCCUGGAUAAAGAUGUUACGCCCCCCUCAGGCAUUCUGCCUGUGUACUUUGAAGAUCUCCCCCUUAUUCUUAUCUGGGGACCGGGGGCUACAACUUCUGGGUACUAAGGGGUGAGGCUGCUCAUAUCUCUCCACCGUAUCAUCUCCCACCUCAGCAUCAGCAGCUGGGUUCUGGCAGGGUCCCUCUCCUUUCUCCUCUCUCCUCUCUCCCUCCCCCUCCCCCUCCCUUGCCUUCUCCCUCCCUCUCCUCCCUCUCCCUCUUUCCACCUCUUCCCACUCUUUUCUCUCAUCCUUUGCUGCAGCUGCUUGUGUAACUCACCCUGGACCUCCGAGACAUGGAGGACAUUGAGGGCUUUAGCCACAUCCUAGCUCCUCCCUCUUGGAGAAGGAAGCAGUGAGGCUCCCCCAAGACUCCAUUUCUCCUUGAGGACACUCUGACACAGAGGCCUGUUUGUAUGCCAAGGCAGCAGCCACUCGGACCUUCCCCCGCAAGGUGACUUUGAGACAAGAGUUCUGGACUCCUCUGGAUUGUUCUCGAGGUUCCCUGUCCCAGUCACCCAGAGUCCUAAAUAUGGACAGCAUCAGUGCUUGUUGAGCCUGUGUCCAGAGGGAGCUGGAAGUCAGCUGCUCAUGCUGGUUGCUCCCGGCACCUGGCUAGUACAGCAGCUCUGCCUGCCAAGGACAAGGUGCCUGGUUUCAUGGAGCAGCAAGGGUCUUCCACGCAGGACCUAAGGGCUGAAGAGUCAGCCUAGUGACAGGCACGGGGUCCUCUGUGACGCUCACUGCUCAGCCCGUUUCACCCCAUGCUUUGCUGGCUGAUGGGGGACAGAAGCGGCCAUUUCCUCUUUUAAGAGUGAUUGCUUCUUUCCAAUUGCCCUCUGGUUAGGGUGCACUUAUAAAUCAGAGUUAAUAUAUGGAUGCGUCUGCAUGCGCGGGAAAGCGAGUGUGUGCCUGCCUGAGUGGUGUGUGUGGCUGGGUGUGCGUUUGCGUGCUUGAGCGUGUGAGUGUGCUCGAGCAGUAGUCUUGGGCUUAUAGCUUCAUUGCUCAGUGGCUAGGGACAAGGACGCCUAGAAGAAGGGGGGGAGGGCAUGUCCCUGGAUCACGGGCCCAGAGGACACGGCUGGGUCUUAUGUGCUAGGGUAACCUUUAUCCCCUCCCCCAAUCCACUACUGUCCUUGGCCAUCUCCUGCCCAGAGCCAAACCCUGUAGGUGCCCAGUGUGGGAUCCAGUAUCUCAUUUGGUGGUAUCUUUAUUGUUGAUCAUCUCCUCGCCCCAUCUCCCCUCCUUGUGAAAUAAAUAUGUUAGCAAUCCCAC